UGCACACACACACAUUUCACACACACAAAUACACACUACAGCGGAGCACAUUGUUCACACUGGACUGUCUGCUACAUCUAAUGCAACCCAGGAAAAGCUGAAGUAAAAGACAUCUGGAGAGUGACUGUAUCCGGGGAAUCAGAGGUGUGACGAGAGGUUGAAGAGGAGUGAAGGAAUGACUGAAUAUAAGCUGGUGGUGGUGGGCGCUGGAGGCGUGGGCAAGAGCGCUCUCACCAUCCAACUCAUCCAGAACCACUUUGUGGAUGAAUACGACCCCACUAUAGAGGACUCCUACAGGAAGCAGGUGGUGAUUGACGGGGAGACGUGUCUCCUGGACAUCUUGGACACUGCAGGUCAGGAGGAGUACAGCGCCAUGAGGGACCAGUACAUGAGGACAGGAGAGGGCUUCCUCUGUGUGUUUGCCAUCAAUAACACCAAGUCCUUUGAGGACAUUCAUCAGUACAGGGAACAGAUCAAACGGGUGAAGGACUCGGAUGACGUGCCCAUGGUGCUGGUGGGUAACAAGUGCGACCUCCCGGCCCGGACGGUGGACACACGGCAAGCGCAGGAGCUCGCGCGCAGCUACGGGAUCCCCUUCAUCGAGACCUCAGCCAAAACACGACAGGUCAGUCAGUUUCUGACAGGCAUUUAAAGAGUCAUACAUUUUAUUGAUCUAUUUUUUUAUUUACUUGCAGCAAAACUAGUGAGACUGUGUCUAGUGUCGAAAUUUCCUAAAGCAUAGUCAUCUGAGUAAACUGUGUCCAAAAUAACUGACCCACAUACAAUACAGUGU